GAGAUGCGGAUUUCAGUCCGGAAUGCGACAUCGAUGGCGGAGGCUCGGCUCAACUUGUCCCCCCGAACUAAACUGAUUCUGGAGGUCCUGAUGGUGUUGAUGUGUCUCGGCGCAGUCACAGGUAACAUCCUGGUGAUUGUGAUAGUGGCGGCCACCAAGACCUUCCACUGCGUGACAUCAGUGCUCAUUAUGAACCUGGCCAUCAGUGACCUGUUGGUCGGGGUUGGAGUCAUGCCCUUCAUAGCUCUCUCCAUCAUGAACAACGGAUGGGUCGACUGUACUGACCUGUGUCUGUAUGUGGGGUACACCUCCUCAGUCUACUGUACAGCCUCCGUCCUGACCCUGGCAGCCAUCGCCCUGGACCGCUACCACUCUAUCAUGGACUGUCUGCGCUACAGUUCCCACUGUACCCUAUGGAGGAAGUGUGCUGUGGUGCUGUGGAUCUGGCUCCAGGCCCUGGUCACCAGCUGUCCUCCUCUGCUGGGCUGGAGCACUGUGUCCUACAUGGCUCCCAUGUACAGCUGUGCGGUGAACUGGAAGAGCAGUCCCAGCUACACAGCCUUCAUGGCUGCCCUGUCCUUCCUCAUGCCUGCUGCAGUAAUCCUCUUCUGUUACGUCAUCAUCGUCCGUGUAGCCCGGAGCCACGCCAGGAGGAUCCACAACCUGGAGGACCAGCUGCAGAGAAACACUGGAAUGCCGAGCUCCUCCUUCCCGACCGAGAGUACUUCUGAGCGGACUAGUCCGAGGUGUCUAGGUGCCCACGGUCCUUCCACCUCCAGGCUGGUGUAUCAUCUGAGUGGGCGGUUUGUAUCGGAGACCCAUGGAGAGGUUGGGGACGAGGUUCCUUCAGGGUCAGAUCAUACUGCUGGAGCUCCACAGACCUCCAACCACCCAGACUCUACCUCCAGCUCCAAUGCUGCAUCCCGGAGACUGUUCUCCUUCCUGGCCCAACACGCCCCCCAUGGCCACCCCCAUCCGCCCCACCAGAACUCCAACUCCAAUCACCUCCAGCACCACGGGGUUGUACGUCUCUUCCUGGUUAUCGCCGCCUUCUUCCUGUGUUGGACUCCAUAUAUAGGCGUUGCGCUAGUCCAGGCCACGGAGACCGCCCUAUCGUGUAAGUCCUCCUUAGUCCCGCCCUCAGCGGUUACCUUCUCCUAUUGGUUGGUUCUGUUGAACUCAGACAUCAAUCCUGUGCUGUAUGCUCUGCUCAGUCAGGGAGGUUCCAGGGGCUCUGCGGUGCCUGAAGCAGAAGAUCAGAGUGCGUCUUGGGGGAACGUGGUGGGGAGUGGGGAGGCGAGACCAGGGGGAGGGAGAGGAGGGGAGGAGCAGUGA